UACACACGCUGGCAGGGGAGCGGUCUGCUUUGUGGCUAGCCAAAUACCCCCCUCCCAUCCCUGACUGGGUGAAAACGAAGAAAGGUUAAACAUGUAAUCGAUAUUGUAAUUGAACCAGACCUGUGCAAACACCACUAAAUCAUUUUUAUUUCAAUCAAACCUGUGAAUUUGUGUGAAGAAGCAAAUCUUGUUGAUGUGCAAAGCCAUGCGUGUAAUUUAGAAUGCUCAGUUACUUGUUUAGCAGAUGGUUUGAUGUUAUUUGGACAGUUUUGAACAGUCCUAUUUGAAAUAUGAUUCUGUAGCGCAAAUUAUAUCUAAAUACAUGUAUAAACCAACCAGCAGAUUUCCAUUAAAGGCAAGACUGUUCAAAGAAUUGUUAAUAUUCUUGGUAAAUUAAUCAUAGCCUUGCAACAUACUUGAGUGUUCGCAAGAUAAUUUAGAAGGAUUCUGUGUUUUUUUUUUUUUUCCACAGCAUAAAACUGACUAAAUAACCUGAAAUUUCUAUAGCUGGCUAUGUAAUACAACAUUACUGAAUUACUUCUCUUUUUUUCUCUCUCCAUGUCUCUCUGUUCAGUUCACUUCUGUGCAUAUAAGGAGAAGUUUAUUAGCCUGUACUGCCGCCUGUCCUCUGUGCUUGACCUGGACGCCUUGAUAACCCAGCAGGCUUUGAGAGAGGCCAUUACAGAUACUGAAUUGUCCAUUGCUAAACAAAGACACCAACAUAUACUUGACUAUAUUCAGCAAAUGGAUGAGAUGUGGCGAGAUAUCCGGUGGAUCACUGAUGCCCUGCAGUAUGCCCGUUAUAAACAGCCUCUGGGCGGUGUGCCCAUCACGUGGCUGGUGGAUGCCAGUUCAGAACCCGUAGCACAGAAGUACGACUCCAUCUCCUCAAACGCAGACUACCUGCCUACUCCCUCUCCCUCACCUGAGUUAAGAAGAAAGGCUACAGAUGACUCCCAGGCGGUCUCAGACGAAGAAGGCUGCUCUGAGGUCUUUCUCCCAACAGACAGCGACUAUGACUCCAGCGACGCUCUGAGCCCACGAGAUCUAGACCUGGUUUAUUCUUCAGCCCAGGAUCUAUCCCAUCAGGCUGUGCACACACUAAGCGGCAGCGCCCCUGACGUCCUGCAGAUGCACGACCUCAAACCCAGUGCCCGCUCUAAGUUGAUGCUGGAGACUGAAUCCUUCACUAAAGACCUGGAGGAACUGUCCCUGUCCUCUUACUCCAGCAAAUCAUCAGAAAAGAUGUCCCGCUACAAGCGCAAGCUGCUGUCUAGGAGCCAGCCCCAGAGGAGCUGCUUCAGCGGAACACAUCGCUGGCUGAGGGUCCAGAGUGAGAACCAGACUCCUUCACUUUCAGAGGGGGUUUACACUCGGCAGAGCGAGCUGGACCUGCCUCUAGAGCUACCUGUUUCUUUCCCACACUCCUCCUACAGCAUGGACGAGUGGAAGGGCAAUAACAGGGAGAACAAGCCCACUGUGCGCAGGAUCUUUGUGGAGUCGUGCAGUGAGACAUCCCCGAGCAGAGACGGUGCCAGAUGGCCAGAUGCGGUGGAUGAGACACAUGGAGGAGCUGCAGCAGGAGAGACGACAGCUCAGGAAGUGGACUCAGAUGACCAAACCAAUGAGCUGGUUUCUGAAAUACUCAGCAGCACUCUUUAG